AUGGGCUUGGGCGAGGGCUUCUUCCUCCCAUGCCUGAGCGCCUUAACUUCAAAAUGGUUCUCCGCCAACGAGAAAGCAUCUAGCGCAGCUAUUUUCACGUCUGGAAAUGCUGGCGUAUCAAUGCCAUGGAGAAAACUGCUGUGGUCAACAGCUUCCAUGGCAGUAUAUUUAUGUACAGCCGUCGAUAUGGCUUGCGUGAUUAUUACCCAAGCAUAUCUACCCCAGUUCAUGAAGGAGGUGCUGAAGCUGCCGAUACGAGAGAAUGGUCUCUACACGAUGGUACCGUUCGUAUGCCAAAUUGUCACAAAAAAUCUGGCCGCUCCGUUUGGAGAUCAUUUGAAAAGGCGUGGAAUCCUUUCUCACACAACUGCUGUAAGAACUUUCCAAUCUAUCAGCGCCUUCGGAGCAGCAACCUGUCUAUAUCUAAUGGCAAUCAUCCCGGAUUGUAAUUCCCCUUCGUUAGCCCUGCCUCUAUUGGCGUUAUACGGUACUUUUUAUUCCACUUGCACAAUGGGGUACUUUACAUCGAUGCUAUCGAUUGCUCCUCCAUUUGCUGGGACGGUGGCAUCGAUUUCUCGGACCUACGGGACGUUGGGUCAAAUUUUUGGCACGAGUUUUGUCGGCGCGCUAUCGUUUUUGACCCCAAUCGCCCGAUGGCAGACGAUUUUCAGCACGCUAGCCACCUUGAAAAUUGCUGCCGGGCUGUUUUUUCUACGCUUUGGCUCUGCCGACGUCCAACCCUGGGCCCACCUCCCAGAGCCGGAAAGCAAAAAGCAAAUCGAA